CCUUGUACUCUAGAUGAGCCUGUAACAAUCUCCCUUGAGCGGCCCAUUAGAACAUCUCCAUCCCCAAUUUUUGGCAAUUACCAAAUGAGGUGGAGGGUGAGGUGGCAAUCCUUUAGCAAUUGCUAGGGAUGCAUGGAUGAUUGGUAAGUUAGCAAGCUUGCUAAAUUAACUAGUUGCCUAGUAAUGCCACCUAUACAUAUGGGACCCUCUUUCAUGUUUGUUUUUUCUUUUCCUACCCCAAAUUGUAUUCUUGUAUUAUUAGAGCAUCUCCAUUGGUGCAAUGACAUUUGCAAUUGCAUUUGUUUUUUUAUUGUUACUUCAUUUUUUUCAAUCCAACUCAUCUUACUUGGAUUGCACUACAUCAAUGCAAUUAACUUGCAAUUGCAACUAAUUUUUUUGAUUUAAUUAUUAAAACAUAAACACUCAAAUAAUAAAAUUAAUGAAUAAUUUAAUAAUAAAAAAGAUGACGUGACUUGCAUUCCAUAAUUGCAUUAUAUGCAAACUUGCAAAGAUGCAAUUGUCAUCUACAUCAAUACAAUUGCAUAAUAUAAUUGCAAAUAAAUGACAUGUCAUAAUGCAAUUCUAAUUGAAAUUUCAAUGGAGAUGCUCUUAUUUUUAAGUUGUUGAUUAGAAAAAUAUUUUUAUAUGAUUAAUUAGUUAGAGAAGUAAUUAUGAUACACAAAAUAAAAGAGAUGUAAAGCUAUAAUUGAAUAAUCAUGAAACUAGAAAGAACUUACUCUAAAUACAAAUAUUUAUAUAUUUUUUAUAAUUCAAUUUCUAAAUGCUAAUUACGCAUAUAUAUAUAUAUAUAUAUGAUUGUCAAAUAUAAGAAAAACAUAAGUUUUUAUAUGGGUAUAUGUUGUGGGUCUCAUUAAUAGAAAUUGCUAAGCAAUUGGUGGGAUGGAGAUGGCUAGAAAUUGUUGAAGGUAUAAAUUGCUAAGUUGCUUAUGUGACUAUGUGAGAUCAAUUUAGAAAUUGCUAAACAAUUUCUCGGAGUGAGAUGGUUAGUUUAAGCCCAUUGGGCUUCAUCUUUAAUCCAAUAUCAACGAACUAGGCCUUUCAUUGCGCUAGCUUAACCCGAAAGUAAUCUUACGUGGACUCAUUUGAUUGGGUGACUCACAUCACGGCCACGGAAAAGGAAAUUAAAAAGCAAAAAGUAAGAGAAGAGCAGAGGUCAGUCGACUGCGCCACAGUUGUUCUUUCUUCUUCAUUCAUCUUCAAGCCUCUGGCCGAAGUCUUGAGAUCACCGUUGGCGUGAAAAAGAAGGCACGCAGAAGGAAGUGGAACUCCAGAUUUCCUGUCCAUUCGACGUUUUUGGAGACACAAACCGAGACAGUAAAGCAGCAGAGGUAACUACUCCGGGCGCCGACGCAUGAAUGGAGAAGACCGCCAUGCCCAUGGCUGCCGCUGUUUGGAUGGUCGCAUUGCUACUGGUGUUUGCGCAGUUCAGUGAAGCUAAUGGAGAAGGUUUCGACGUUCGCCAGCAUCUCUCCACUGUGUCCAGAUAUGGCGCUGUCAAAGAUAUCGUUGUCAACAGUACCUUUGUACCAUCCAAUGCCGUUGAUGGCUGCACUCCAAUUCACUUGAACCUUGUGGCAAGACAUGGGACUCGUUCUCCAACCAAGAAGCGGAUGAGAGAAUUAGACAGGUUGGCUUCUCACCUGAAAGAGCUGAUAAGCCAUGCUGAACAAAAGAAAUUGUCUUUGGGUAAGCUUCCUGCCUGGGUGCGGAGUUGGGAGUCGCCAUGGAAAGGUAAAUUGAAAGGAGGAGAGUUGAUUACUCCAGGGGAGGAGGAAUUGUAUGAUCUUGGAAUGAGGACUCGAGAAAGGUUCCCGCAGUUGUUCGAGGAGCCAUACCAUCCGGAUGUUUACGUGAUAAAGGCUACACAGAUUCCUCGGGCAUCAGCGAGUGCUGUGGCAUUUGGUAUGGGGCUAUUAACCGGGAAAGGGAAACUUGGACCAGCGGAACACAAAGCUUUCGCUGUUACUAGUGAAAGUCGUGCAAGUGAUUUAAUGCUUAGGUUUUUCGAAAGCUGUCAAAGCUACAAGGUCUAUAGGCAAAACAAAGAGCCUUCUGUUGCCGAGCUGAAGGAACCUGUCUUAGAUAAAAUUACUGCUGCACUAGUAAGCCGUUAUGGUUUAGAUUUCACUCGACAGGAUACAGCUUCUCUCUGGUUUCUUUGUAAACAGGAAGCUUCAUUGUUGGACGUUACAAAUCAAGCUUGUGAUCUUUUUAAACCUUCCGAGGUUGAAUUAUUGGAGUGGACGGAUGACUUGGAGGUUUUCUUACUGAAGGGUUAUGGUAAUUCAAUAAACUAUAAGAUGGGCGUGCCAUUGCUUGAGGACAUUGUACAAUCCAUGGAACAAGCUAUUAAGUCACAUGAAGAAAAACAGCCUCCUGGAAGUAAUGAAAAGGCAAGAUUGAGAUUCGCACAUGCUGAGACCGUGGUUCCUUUUUCAUGUCUGCUUGGGCUUUUCCUUGAAGGAUCUGAAUUUAAAAAGAUACAAAAGGAGCAACCUCUAGAUCUCCCUCCCACGCCUCCAAUGAAAAGCCACACAAGAGGCAGUGCUGUGGCACCUUUUGCUGGGAAUAACAUGUUGGUCCUACACAGUUGCCCGGCAUCCUCUUCUUCUAGCAAGUACUAUAUCCAAGUCCUCCACAAUGAGAGUCCCAUCCCAAUGCCAGGUUGUGGUGGUUCUGACGUAUGCCCGUUCGAAGAGUUCAAGGAGAAGAUAGUGAAUCCUCAUCUAAAGCAUGACUACACAGCACUCUGCGCUGUAAAACCAGAACCACUGAACGAGAAGCCCGUGAACAGCAAGUUAUCACUAGCGUUCCGUUGGAUCUUUGGGUGGGGAAGGGAUGCUGAUGCGGAUGAAUUGUAAUUUUGCAGUCACGAAGCCAGUAGAGAAAGAAGGGAGGUACAGUUCCACUGCAGUGAUGUUGUUAUGGGCUAAACUCACUCUUACUUCUGAUGGCACUAUUUUUGUCACGUCACGCCACCUGAACAUCUUAAGUUCCUCCACGGAGGAACAAGCAUUGAUUGUAGGUUUAGUCAGAUCUGAUACAUCCCUAGUUAGUAUAAUGUUAGUUUUCUCAAGUCAUUUUCCUUCUGAAAACUUUAUGUAGUCUUCCCAAUAGUUUGCCUAAAGUCGAAUAAAAGCCUAGCUUCAUG